AGAGGAGGUAGAAAGGAUAGCCAUGUCUAUCCAAAAGGAUUACAUAUAUGAUGUGGCACGGGGAGAAACAUUGCGGCUGAUCCUACUCACUCGCUCAGAAACAGAUAACUAUCUUGUGGCAGGUUUACAUCCUCUUGUUAUUGAUGCAACAUCGAUCCAAAUCCUAUUGAAGUGACUUACAUUUCACUAUACAUACCCUCAUAUGAGUCGUCAGGUAAAACAGUUCGCGGAGGCCGAGUUACAGUACUGGAGAAAAGAGUUCGCCACGACUCCGCCUUCACUACCUCUCCUGACAUUGGCAAAAGUGGAUGAACGUCCCGUUCUGAAAGCUUAUCAGAACAUCCGAGCUGGUUGUAGAAUCAGCGUAGACACGAAGGCACAAAAUUUCCACAUAUGCCGUCGUAUCCAGGCCACUCCCUUCCAAUUCUACCUGGCUGCCCUGCGAGCUCUGCUGCUACGGUAUACGAUCGGUGGCGAGGACAUCACCAUAGCCGUAGCCGAGUCCGGAAGGACCUACAAUGUCGAAGACAUGGAUGUCAUCGGUCCGUUAUAUAAUCUCGUUCUCGUGCGUCUUUUGAGUCACAGAUCUACCAAAUUCGAAGAAUUGCUGGAAGCUACGCGUAGCAAGACUUUCACGGGCAUGGCACACUCAAAGCUCCCCUAUCCGAUGCUCGUGAAGGAGUAAGUCCUCCUGGUCCAGCCAGGAAUGACCGUGGGUGAGGUGGAUUUGCCUAACUCUUGAGAAGGCAUAGGUCUUAAGCAGCGUGAUGACGAAAACUAGAAACGAAAAGCGUUUCUUGAGAA